GGAAAAGUUUUCUUGAACUGUUUAAGUAAUAUUGACUUAAAUAUAAUUGUUACGAAACUUUAAUAUUUAGACUUAAGAUUUUGUGUGAUCAUUAAACUCAACAGGGGAUAAACACAGUUGAGAGCCUGAAUGAUGCUCCUGUUUUGUACACAAGUUAAUAGUCUCAGCAGAAAUACCAAAACACCUUUACCUCUUCUGGCCAGUUCUGACUAAUACCACGCUGUUUCAUCUGGAUGAUAGACUAGAUUUGCCUUAAUCAUGUAUUCCCUCCCUGCAGUAGUUUGCUUUACACUUUUUGGUCCCACAAGAAGGAAAGCAUUUCGAAAAAUAGGCAUCUGAAGUUCCUCAAAGAAAGGAAAUGCUGUUUGCCUUUAGUGCCAUUUGUAAGUAUCAAGGGGACUUGAUGGCAGCAACAUUGCAUUUUGGUAGGUUUGCCAUGAAAAAACUAGUUUUUGUAAUGAGGUUAUAAUAUAGCUUAGACAUUUUACUAGGUGAAACAUGAAGGCUUGAUUAGUAUUAAUGUAGUGGUAUGUAUAUCGCUGUUAAAAAUCGUGGUGUGUUAGAAUUUCUAACAAUUUAAAGUGAUACUGCACUUAACAUCAUACUUUGUGUUGGUAUUAACUCAGUAAUACAAGAUUUUGAAGCAGCUAAUGUUUUGUGUUUGCCAUUAACAACAGAAUUACUUGAUUGAAGGGGUAUUCAAACACGUUUAGAUCACUAUAAUUAGAUCUGUGUUCGAAUUGAAAUUUGAACUUUUCAACAUUACUUAAAACUUUCAUUUUCCUUGUUUGUUUUCAUAUUUAUGUUUUCCCUUUUUUAGCAUUUCUUCUAAUAGAAAACAAUCUUGUAUUAAUGAGUAGGAGCUAUAUUAACAUUAGCAUACUAUAUUCCUGGAUCGUACAGUUUCACAGUGGAAGGAAUCUCAGAACAACUACCCUUAACCUGUCUUUUACAAUAUAUGGAGGAACAGAUGAUUAAGUUAGUGGUGUAAGGGAAGAUUGUCUUUUAGCUUUUACCCCAUUGCUGUUUUCGUUUUUCAUAUUGCAAGUAUGAUAAGGUUAAUAUCGGCAACUAAUAAUGAUUAAAAAAGAAAAGCAAGGGAGUGUUAUUGAGAAUACUUGUAAAUUAAAUAUUAUAUUCAUGAGAACAUCUGUAACAGUUAAAAACUUUUCUUUAAUGUUAUAUGGUGACUUAGUUUUUAAAGUGACUUUCAAUGAAACAAAUUCAUACACAAAUGCAGACAUUUCAGAUAAUUUCAGAGUAGUGUUGCUUUUAAAUUUUGAGGUUUUCCAAAAGCUAUCUUUGACCCAGAAAUUGAAAAGUUAAAAAACAACAACAACUAGGUACUUGAUAAACUUCUUGGAAAGUUUGAAAUAACUGCCAAUUAUUGCCAGUUAUUACAUAAGAAAAGAAAUGAGGUACAUGCUGAAAACCAACAAGCUAGUGCCUUUUUUUUUGUAAUAGUGUUUUGGUUGGAUAAAUGAACAUGCCACUCAGAGUGUUUCUUUUGUUUAAAACAACUUUUUAAGACUAACAACAACAACUACUACUGCUGAGUAGAUUUGUAUAUUCUGUUAGGAAAUUCAAUAAGUAGUAAAAUCAUUUAUGGUGGGAUCCUACCAGUGGUCUUUAACUUCUUUGGAUGUCAAAUUUAGCAGCAGGUUAAAUUGUUUUAAAGUUUUAAAGUUUUUAUGGGCCAUUUAAGGUGCUUUUAAAUUAUUGAAUUUUCUAAGAAAUUAUAAGCUAUUUGAUAAUUUUCAACACUAUGUAAGUGAGUGGAUUUAAUUCACUUUAGUUUUGUGAUAAUUAGGGUUACUUUCAGGUUAUUUGUAGUUAUAAAGUAAGUCUGUCACUUACACACCUUAAACAUUUUCCAGUUUUAAUUUGUCAUUUAUGUUAUAAGAGGGAGAGUUUGGUUGAAUUGAGACUAUAAUGGGUAGCAGGAGGGGAAAAGAAAAACUCGAGGAGAGUCAUAGAAGUGAUGGGGAUAUCUGCAAUUUAGAGAAAGGUGAAGUCUAUCUUUCUGUCAUCCCAGAUACACUAUUAUUAAUACUUGUUUAGGGUUACUUAUUUAGACUUUUAGGAUGUGAUUUUGGAAGGAAAAGAGGGAAUUUUAUUCUUGUGGGAAUGCUUUUUAUUUAGAUCUUUAGGCAGUUACAGCUUGUGGCAAAUGUAGAAAUUGCCUUGUUGAAUUAUCUAGCCCUACUUUUGCAAAGCACUAAUUUUAGUAGUCCUUUAAAAAAAGUGUUAUUUACAUUUUUUAAGUUGAUAGCCUUGCAAAAUAUGAGAAUGAAGAAUGGAUGCUAUAAUACUUAAGAUGCAUAUUUAAAUUAGUUUUAAAUGUUUUUACAUUUAUUGGUUAUUAAUCCCUCUGGUAUAGGGAAUCUGUUUUGUACAUGGAGAAUCUAUAUAUAUUGAACAAAAUUAUGAGAUAUAGGAUUGACUGAAGUAGGUCUAGAAAUGGUGUUUUUGAUGCAGAUUUAUUAGAGAGAAAUAGCUGCUUUGAUAGUGCAAGCCAUUUACACCAUUUAGUUUUGAGGGACUUGAGAAUAAUCAAACUGAUUCUAGCACUAGCUCACCCUGCUGGUUGGCUGAAGUAUUUCUCCUCUUUCCACUGGGGUUGGGGACCAAACAUAAAACCAAACAUAAAGAUCACAUGUGACCUAGAGGGUAGUAGAACACCAAAUACAGUUCAGUUUUUCUUCAGGGAGAUGGAGUUCCCAUGAAAAAAGUGUUUUUCCUCACCUCUAAGGUCUCAGUUGCUCCACCCUUUAAUUUUUUCUCAGAUCUGCCAAAGUUAACUGGAAUUACCAUCCUUUUGGAACUUAACUAGGAUCUUUUACGUGAUUAUGGAGAGUUAGUAUGUUUUUGUUCUUUUAAAUUCAAGAUAAGAAAUCCUUUGACAAUUGAGAAAUAUUAGGAAGAAAAACAGAAAGUCCCGUGAGAUAACGUUCCAAGAGGAAAAAAGCAGAGGAUAUCAAGAGGAAGAGGAGGAAGAACCUGCCAGGGCAGAAGCAGUAGCAGUGCACUUCUCUUGGGGGAAAAUGAGACUGGAUUAAGCAUAUUGUGAAUUUUUAAAAGAUUUCUGAAGUACAAUGACAUACUAAAUCACAUGUUUAAACUGUACAGUUUGAACAGAUUUGAUAUUUGUAUACACCCAUGAAAUCAUCACCACAGUCAAAGGUUUGAUUUAAUUUCGGAUGAGAUUGUUCUUGAAGCAAGAUGUUAAUAAGACAAAACCUAGACUAAAUGUGUUAAGUGGGCUUGCCAACAAUAUGGAUGAUUUGAAGAUAAACACCGAUAUUACUGGUGCUAAAGAAGAACUCCUAGAUGACAACAGUUUUAUCUCAGAGAAAGAGAGUGGAGUUCAUAAACCAAAAGAUUGUCAAACAUCAUUUCAGAAAAACAAUACAUUGACUCUGCCUGAAGAACUGUCAAAGGACAAAUCUGAAAAAGCCUUAAGUGGAGGCCAGUCUACUCUAUUUAUACAUGCCGGUGCUCCUACUGUUCCUAGUGAAAACUUUAUUUUGCCUAAAGGAGCUGCUGUUAAUGGACCAGUUUCACACUCCUCCCUAACUAAGACUUCCAGUAUGAAUAAAGGCAGUGUUUCAUUAACCACUGGACAGCCUGUGGAUCAGCCAACAACAGAAUCUUGUUCAGCUUUGAAGGUAGCAUCUGAUCUGCAGCUGUCUACACCACAGAAAGCAAGUCAACACCAAGUUUUAUUUUUGUUGUCAGAUGCAGCACAUGCUAAGAAUCCAACCCAUUCCAUUAAAAAACUACCUACCUCUGCUUCAGUUGGUUGUGACAUUCAGAAUUCAGUAGGGAGUAAUGUAAAGUCAGAUAGCACUUUAAUAAAUCAAGUAGAGGUGGGUGAGGAUAGUGAAGAUGUAUUAGUAAAAGAUGAUUGUGUCAAUACAUUAACAGGAAUUUCCUCAGGUACAGAUAAAUAUAGGUCAGAAAAUGAUACAAACUGGGAUCCUCAAAAAGAGUUCAUUCAUUUUCUUAUGACUAAUGAGGAAACAGUGGAUAAAGCUCCAGUUCACUCUAAAGUAGGUCUAGAAAAAAAGAGAAAGCGAAAAAUGGAUGUAAGCAAGAUAACUCGUUAUACUGAGGAUUGCUUUAGUGAUUCUAAUUGUGUACCCAAUAAAUCAAAGAUGCAAGAAGUAGAUUUUCUGGAACAGAACGAAGAACUACAAGCAAUAGACUCACAGAAAUAUGCAUUAUCAAAAGUCAAGCCUGAGUCAACUGAUGAAGACUUGGAAUCUGUGGAUACUUUUCAACAUCUGAUUUAUAACCCAGAUAAAUGUGGAGAAGAUAGUUCACCUGUUCAUACUAGCACUUUUCUUUCAAAUUCCUUAAAAAAGAAAUGUGAAGAGAGUGAUUCUGAGUCACCUGCUACUUUCAGUAAUGAAGAGCCAUCAUUCUACCCCUGUACAAAGUGCAAUGUGAAUUUUAGGGAGAAAAAGCAUCUCCACAGGCAUAUGAUGUAUCAUUUAGAUGGGAACAGUCACUUUCGCCAUCUUAAUGUCCCAAGGCCAUAUGCUUGUAGAGAAUGUGGACGGACAUUUCGAGAUCGAAAUUCACUUCUAAAACAUAUGAUUAUUCACCAAGAAAGACGACAGAAAUUGAUGGAGGAAAUUCGUGAAUUGAAAGAACUUCAGGAUGAAGGAAGAAGUGCACGAUUACAGUGUCCUCAGUGUGUGUUUGGUACCAAUUGCCCUAAAACAUUUGUGCAACAUGCUAAAACCCAUGAAAAAGAUAAAAGGUACUACUGCUGUGAAGAAUGUAACUUUAUGGCAGUGACAGAAAAUGAAUUAGAAUGCCAUCGAGGCAUUGCCCAUGGGGCAGUGGUAAAAUGCCCUGUGGUUAGUUCUGAUAUAGCCCAGAGAAAAACACAAAAAAAGACCUUCAUAAAAGACUCUAUUGUGGGAUCAUCAAAAAAAUCAGCUACCUACGUAUGUAAGAUGUGUCCUUUUACUACUUCAGCCAGAAGUAUUUUAAAAAAGCACAUGGAGUACUUGCAUUCAUCAUCAUGUGUUGAUUCAUUUGGUAGUCCUCUUGGACUUGAUAAGAGAAAAAGUGACAUUCUUGAAGAACCUAUAGAUAUUGAUAGCACUAAACCAUUAAAUAAACAGCAGUCAACCACAUUUCCAAAGAACUCUGCUUUAAAACAAGAUGUGAAGCGAACAUUUGGAUCAACUUCACAAUCAGGUAAUUUUUCAAAAUUUCAUAAGCGGCCACACAGAAUACAAAAAGCUCGGAAAAGCAUCACCCAGUCAGGUGUAAACAUGUGCAAUCAAAACAACUCUGCUCACAAAGCUGUUAUUAAAAGCAGCAUUGACCAAAAACCUAAGUAUUUCCAUCAAACAGCAAAAGAAAGAUCUAAUGCCAAGGCAAAUAACAACUAUUUAUAUAGACACAAAUAUGAAAACUACAGGAUGAUCAAAAAAUCAGGUGAAUCAUAUCCUCUUCAUUUCAAAAAAGAAGAAGCUAGUUCAUUAAAUUCUUUACAUCUCUUUUCAUCAUCAAGUAAUUCUCACAACAGUUUUAUUUCAGACCCUCAUAAGCCUGACAACAAAAGUCCAGAAAGUUUCAAAGACCACAGGCGUGUAGCUGUAAAGAGAGUAGUUAGAGAAUCUAAGAAGGAAAGUUCUGUUGGAGGAGAAGACUUGGAUAGCUAUCCAGAUUUUUUGCAUAAAAUGACAGUUGUUGUUUUGCAAAAACUUAAUUCUGAAAAAAAAGAUAGUUAUGAAACAGAAGAUGAAAGUUCAUGGGAUAAUGUUGAGCUAGGAGACUACACUACACAGGCCAUAGAAGAUGAAUCCUAUAAUGAUAUUAAUCAAGAACAUGUAAACUUAUUCCCUCUGUUUAAAAGCAAGGUGGAAGGUCAAGAUUCUGGAGAAAAUGCUACACUUAGUUAUGAUCAAAAUGAUGGCUUUUAUUUUGAGUAUUAUGAAGAUGCUGGCACUAACAACUUUUUGCAUGACAUACAUGAUCCUCAGCAUUUAGAAAAUGCAGAAACUUCAUUGUCAAAGCAUAGUUCUGUUUUUCAUUGGACUGAUUUGUCUCUUGAGAAGAAAUCGUGUCCUUACUGCCCGGCAACAUUUGAAACAGGUGUUGGGUUAUCAAAUCACGUCCGGGGACAUCUUCACAGAGCAGGAUUAAGUUAUGAAGCUCGUCAUGUUGUAUCACCAGAACAAAUAGCCACAAGUGACAAAAUGCAACAUUUCAAAAGAACUGGCACAGGGACCCCUGUUAAGCGAGUUAGAAAAGCUAUAGAGAAGUCUGAAACCACUUCUGAACACACUUGUCAGCUCUGUGGUGGUUGGUUUGAUACUAAAAUUGGAUUAUCAAAUCAUGUUAGAGGCCACCUGAAAAGACUUGGAAAGACCAAAUGGGAUGCUCACAAAUCUCCUAUCUGUGUUCUAAAUGAGAUGAUGCAAAAUGAAGAAAAAUAUGAAAAAAUCUUAAAGGCAUUGAACAGUCGUCGUAUUAUUCCCAGACCAUUUGUAGCUCAGAAACUUGCAUCAAAUGAUGACUUUCUAUCUCAAAAUGUUAUACCUCUUGAAGCAUACCGUAAUGGCCUAAAGACUGAAUCUCUGUCAGUGUCUGCAUCAGAGGAAGAAGGGCUGAAUUUCUUAAAUGAAUAUGAUGAGACAAAACCAGAACUGCCUAGUGGAAAAAAGAAUCAGUCUCUUACACUGAUAGAACUUCUUAAAAAUAAAAGGAUGGGAGAAGAAAGGAAUUCUGCUAUUUCUCCUCAAAAGAUCCAUAAUCAGACAGCAAGAAAGAGAUUUGUUCAGAAAUGCGUUCUUCCAUUAAAUGAAGACAGUCCAUUGAUGUAUCAUCCACAAAAAAUGGACUUCACUAUGCACUCAGGUAUGCCUGUGAAGCUUAGAACAUGUGUGCAUUGCAAUACGACGUUUACAAGUGCUGUUAGCCUGUCCAACCACUUACGCGCUUAUGCACGAAAGAAGAGUGCUGGACUUUUGACUGGUACAGCCUUAGAUUGUAAGCAAAAGAAAUCAAGGUCAAGAUCUGGAAGCAAGAAGAAAAUGCUGACAUUACCUCAUGGUGCUGACGAGGUUUACAUUCUCCGAUGCAGGUUUUGUGGCCUAGUCUUUAGAGGACCAUUGUCUGUUCAGGAAGACUGGAUUAAGCACUUACAACGACACAUUGUAAACGCUAAUCUUCCACGGACUGGAGCUGGCAUGGUGGAAGUCACAUCACUACUUAAAAAGCCUGCCUCUAUUACAGAAACUUCAUUUUCUCUACUAAUGGCAGAAGCAGCGUCAUAGAACCAGGAAAUCUUUUAAAUAGCAAAUUUGAAUUGGAUGUAAAUUUGAAAUUAUUUCUUUUUUUAAAAGCCACAUUAAAUUAUCCAUUUAUAAAUACUAAAGCAGGAAAAUGGGGAAAAGUGAAUUAUAGUAAAAUCAGAGCAAAUCGAAUACUUAAAACAGUGAGUAGUCUACUAUAUUUUAUAUAGGGUGGAAAACGUGUUUUUAAGGUUUACUAAAUUUUGUUGGUUAACUAUGUUCACUCAAUAAAAGAUCAGUACAUGUAAGCAGCCAUUUAUAAACUGUUGCACAUGGAUACUUAAGAGACAGACUUAUUGGAAAAUUAUGUUUUCUGCAGUGUUACCACAAUCAAGGCUCUGUUUAUUCCCCACAAGACUUGCAUAGAAAAAUAAGAUAUUAUAUUUUGUUUGUAUGUAUUUAGUGUUUUGUAUAAUACCAGGAACUGCUAACUAAAUUUACUCAAUUUAGGGCAUUAAAUAUCAUGUACUUCAUAGUUUGAGACUGUUCACUCAAAUAGGGCAGAGUACUAUUCUAUCUAGACGUGUAAGUGUUUUUUUUAAAUCACACGGAACGGUUUUUUUUAUACUAAAAAGUGGAGGGAGAUUUGUUUAAACAAGUAUUUCUAAAAGAAAUAUGUACAUAGUCCUGGAAAUUAUUUGUGGUAAGGAAAUAUUCUUUACUCCAAUUGCAUUUCUCAGACAAUAAAGUGGUGCAUCCAUGCUACCUCCUACUUUGUCAACAAAGAUGCUAUUUACCCUUUACAUUUUUGUAUCAUAAUAGAUGAAAAAAAUCUAAUGUUCUUUAUUGCAAGACAUUCUUUUGUUAACAGAUUUCUUUUUAAUGUUUUACCUAAAAUUUGACAUGCUUACAGGACAGGUUUGCCUCUUACUUUAUUUAACAUUGUAGAAAUGUAAUUAAUAAACAAUGCUCACUACACAAUUUAGAAUAGGCGUUCUCAUUUAUAUUAUCUUCCAAAUUUGAUCAGUUAGCAAAACUUAAUACACCAAUUAAAAUAUUUCUACAUAUGAUGAGAAUGUUUACAAUUUAAAUUUUAGAACUUGUUUUGGAUGUGAUUAUAUGUACGAAAAUCGUGUAACACUAUGCUCAUGCUAAGAACCGACAUAACGGAAUUACUGAAAUAAAUGUGCUGUGAGGAAUGGAAAAUAUGGUGCAGGUGUCUUGGUCAUGAUAAAUUGUGGUUCUUCUUUUAAACUCUUUCCACAAACAAAUUACUACUUUUAAUCUGAAAUCAGAUUCCUUUACAAAUAACAGUUUUUGUAUGCAAGCACCAUUUCAUUUUAUUUCAUGUAGUAUGGCUAAUACUAUAGUUGAACCAAGAAUAUGCAUUGAUUCUUUGCUUUGUCUGUAAAUAAAGUUAAAAACAGUUAAAAUAAGGAGUAUUUUAGUAGAGUAUAUACAUACCUCACUGCCAGUGAAAUUGCUUUCCUAUGGUAUAUCUCCUUACCAGAAAAAUCUCUAAAUAAAAAAAGACUUAAAGAAAAUUA